AGCGCCUCAUCCAUACUGCCCGGUUACACCCAAGCAUUGGGGAAAAGAAAUCUGGACCGAAAGGUGGGAAGCAAAUCAAGAGGACGGCGUCACGAACCCUCGCCCCUAAGUUCACAAGCAAAACCGGAGUCAUGGCUGUAGCCACAAUCUCCGCUGUGUCCCAGCUACUCCUGUCCGGAGGACCAACGUCCCGAUCCCUCUCGCAUCUCUCGCCCUUCCAUCUGAACCUCCCCGGCCACCAGAGGACCAUCUUUUCUGCCAAGCAAGGACCGCAGCGGCAUGGCUACGCGGUCAUCGAGUGCGCUGCAGUGGACACCACGGCGACGGAGGUGGAGACCAAGAAGAAGAGCAGCUUCGAGCUCCAAACGCUGACCACCUGGCUCCUGAAGCAAGAGCAGGCCGGCAGCAUCGACUCCGAGAUGACCAUCGUCCUCUCCAGCAUCUCCAUUGCCUGCAAGCAGAUCGCCUCUCUGGUACAGAGGGCCAACAUCUCCAACCUUACCGGCGUCCAGGGCGCCGUCAACGUUCAGGGAGAAGACCAGAAGAAGCUGGACGUGGUCUCCAAUGAGGUGUUCUCGAAUUGCCUGAGGUCCAGCGGACGGACGGGCAUCAUCGCAUCAGAGGAGGAGGACGUGCCGGUCGCUGUGGAAGAGAGCUACUCCGGCAACUACAUCGUCGUCUUCGACCCUCUGGAUGGAUCCUCCAACAUCGACGCCGCCGUCUCCACCGGCUCCAUCUUCGGAAUCUACAGCCCCAACGACGAGUGUCUCGCCGACAUGGGCGACGGCUCCACCGUAGGAUCAUCUCGACCGGACCCGGUUCUGGAUCAAGGGGAGCAAAAGUGCGUGGUGAGCGUGUGCCAGCCCGGGAGCAACCUCUUGGCCGCGGGGUACUGCAUGUACUCGAGCUCGAUCAUAUUCGUUCUGACGGUGGGGAAGGGGGUGUACGCGUUCACGCUGGAUCCCAUGUACGGGGAGUUCUUGCUAACCCAGGAGCAGGUGAAGAUACCGCAGGCGGGCAAGAUCUACGCCUUCAACGAGGGCAAUUACCAGCUGUGGGACGACAAGCUGCGGCGGUACAUGGACAGCCUCAAGGACCCCGGGCCCACCGGCAAGCCCUACUCCGCGCGGUACAUCGGGAGCCUGGUGGGUGACUUCCACCGCACGCUGCUUUACGGCGGGAUCUACGGCUACCCCCGGGACAAGAAGAGCAAGAACGGCAAGCUGAGGCUUCUCUACGAGUGCGCUCCCAUGAGCUUCAUCGUGGAACAGGCCGGUGGGAAGGGAUCCGACGGCCACCAGAGGAUUCUCGACAUCGAGCCCCAAGAGAUUCAUCAGAGAGUUCCCCUAUUCAUUGGAAGUGUAGAAGAAGUGGAGAAGCUGGAGAAGUUCUUGGCAUGAACAUUCAUGAAUCCUGAAUUCCUUCCAAGUGAUCGAUGUUCGCUUCAGCCUCCUAAUCCAGGUGACUAAUGUUCUGUUUUCCAAGGGACUUUUGAAACUGGUUCCGCAGAUGUUAACAAGUGUUGGUAAUUUUCUUUGCCAAGCAAAAGCCACCAUGUGCGUCCGCUAUGCUCGAAUGUUUGUUUCUGAAAUAUACGGACAUACCGUUUUCAUUUUC